AUGGGCAAACAUAAAAGUAAUGAAGACAGAAUUCGAUCGAAAAUUAAACAAUUAGAUCAAAUAUUGAGGUCAAAGUCGCGGGAGGCGGCGGCGCCGGCGUCUAGUGAUUCCUUUCAAUAUGAAAACCAGCUAUAUGAAGAUCUGGAAGACAACUCAUGCCUGGAAAACGGCGAUGGUGGUGAUAAUGCUAGUCAUCUAGAAGAUGAACCAGGGUUUGAAUUUGACAUUGUGGUGCCUACUGUGACACCUCAUCAAGGUGAAGAAAAUUCUGAACACUGGGGCAGAAUCCUUGUUGAAGGCCUAGUGAAAGAGCAGAAAAAGGCCUUAUUUGCCAAAACACUUAUUCUGGAAAAUUUCACACUACCCAAAGCUUCGAGGUUGAAUCCAGAGGUGGCUUCGAUACUCAACGAUCCUGUUUAA